AUGCUACCUAAGAACUACCAGCAUAUCCUGGCCUUUGUGUUUGCUGUUCAUGAGAUCAAUGCGAAUCCCAAUCUCUUACCCAACAUCACUCUGGGUUUUCGCAUCACUGACAACUACUACUUGGGAAGAACAACCUAUGCAACCACACUGCAGUUGCUGAGUGAACGAGGGAGAUGGGCUCCUAAUUACAAGUGUGACACUCAAGAAAAACUAUGGGCCAUCAUUGGCGGACUCAGCUCCGAAACCUCCAUUCAGAUGUCUAAUAUCAUAGGCAUUUACAAGGUGCCACAGCUCAGUUAUGGUUCAUUUGAUCCAGCACUGAGUGAUAAAACCCAGUUCCCCUUCUUUUAUCGAAUGGUCCCAAAUGAAGACUCACAAUAUAAAGGAAUAAUCCAACUUCUCUUGCAUUUCAAAUGGAAAUGGAUUGGCCUUGUUGCACCCAAUGAUGAUGGUGGAGAAACAUUUGUGCAGACUCUGAUGGUGCUGCUCACGGAGAAUGACAUUUGUGCUGCUUUCACUCAGUGGAUCCCAGUUACCUACACAAGCACUGAAAAGAGUAUUUUAAUGCACAUGGAAAAAAUAAAUAGUUCUUUCUCAGAAAGCAAAAUCAAUGUGGUUGUUGUAAAUGGGGGCACACAAACCUUAAUUUUAUUGUCUGUAUGGCUGGAUUACCAAAGUGAAACAGGGAGCCUUAUUUGGAAAGUUUGGGUCGUGACUGCCCAGUGGGCUUUUACAGCUGUGAAUUCUCGGGGUUACUGGUCUCUAAGACCCUUUCAUGGUGCUUUAUCUUUCACAAUUCACGUCAAUGAAGUGCCUGGAUUCUGGGAUUUUCUACAGAGUCUGGAUCCUCAGCAUCCCAAUGGUGAUAUCUUCCUCCAGGAUUUUUACAAGUAUGCCAUUCGAAACCUUCGUUAUUCUGGUCUGGACUUCUUAGAUGUAAACAUCAUUUGGACAAAGAUAAUGGAUCUACUUCCAGGGGCCAUGUUUGAAGUUAGCAUGACUGGCCAGAGCUAUAGCACUUACAAUGCUGUCCAUGUUGUGGCUCGUGCUUUAGAUGAAAUAUACUCAUCCCGGCCUAAUAAGAGAAAGUUGGGGAAAAGAGACCAAUGGAAGUUGAAGGAUAUUCCACAGUGGCAGCUUCACCAUCUUUUGAGAACCAUCAGGUUUAACAAUAGUGCUGGAGAUGAAAUCUCUUUUAAUGAACAUCAAGAGUGGGUAGCUGGAUAUGACCUUGUGAAUUGCAUUGUUUUGCCCAAUGAGUCCUUUACUCGAGUGAAAGUUGGAAGGAUGGGACAGACAUUCUCGAUUAAAGAUGAUGUAAUUACAUGGAACAACUGGUUCAAUCAGACACAGCCUCGUUCUGUCUGCUCAGAGAGUUGUCUCUUUGGAUACAGAAAAACAAAGAAGGAGGGGGUGCCAGUCUGCUGCUAUCAAUGCACCCAGUGUCCGGAAGGGAUGAUUUCUAACCAGACAGAUGCAGGUCACUGUGACAAGUGCUCGGGUGACAAGCAUGCCAACCAAAAUCAAGAUAAUUGCAUUCCCAAAACCAUACACUUCCUAUCCAUUGAUGACACUAUGGGGAUUGUUUCAGUUUUCUCCUCCCUUUGCUUGUCUGUCAUCACAAGUAUGAUACUGGUAACGUUUGUUAAAUAUCGGGACACUCCAAUUGUCAAAGCCAACAACCGAGAUAUCACCUACCUUCUCCUCCUCUCCCUUCUGCUCUCUUUCCUCUGCUCAUUGCUCUUUAUGGGACAGCCCAACAAGGUCACCUGCCUUCUCCGACAAUCAACAUUUCUUCUUGUCUUCUCUAUUGCAGUUUCUUCAGUGUUGGCUAAAACCAUCACUGUGAUUCUUGCUUUUGAGGCCACAAAACCAGGAAGCCAGAUGAGGAAAUGGUUGAGGAAGAGAGUCACAAACUCCAUUGUACUCUUCUGUUCCCUUGGUCAACUUGGAAUCUGUGCUGUCUGGCUAGCAACAAACCGUCCCUUCCCUGAGUUAGACAUGUACUCCCAAAGCAGAGAGAUCAUAAUCCAGUGUAAUGAGGGCUCCAUCACCAUGUUUUAUUGUGCCCUCAGCUACAUGGGUUUCUUAGCCUUGGUCAGUUUUCUUGUAGCUUUCUUGUCAAGAAACUUGCCGGACACCUUUAAUGAAGCCAAGUUCAUUUCCUUUAGCAUGUUGGUGUUUUGCAGUGUUUGGGUAUUCUUUAUUCCCACUUACCUGAGCACCAAAGGGAAAUAUAUGGUAGCUGUGGAGAUCUUCUCCAUCUUGGCUUCUGGGGCAGGAUUGCUCAGCUGUAUCUUUUCUCCCAAAUGUUAUAUUAUAAUCCUAAAGCCUAGCCUUAACUCUAAAAGACAUGUUAUAUCUAAAUAG